ACAAGCUCUGGAGGACACACUCGCUACAUCACUGAUUCGGGUGAGGGUGUAGGACAGGAGCGCUGCAGUCACCUCCACAGAUGCCGGUGUGACUGGUGGCUGCCCCCUUCGCCAUGGAUGACUUUGACUACAGCGUUCAGAUCUCGGAGCUCGACUGGAAGACCUUCUUCCAGGAGUGUGAGGAAUGUGACCUGCUUCCACCCGCGCUGGCGGGCCUGGAGGACUCGGGCAUGAGCGAUGCCGACGACGCCUCGUCCUCCCUCUCGUCCAGGGACCCUCAGGCUGUUCAGGACUCUGAUUUGCUGGAGCCUGAUGACCCCAUCGACGGCCCUCCUGACAGUGAGGGAUGCCCCGUGGAGAAUUAUCUCAGCGCGUGUGACCUUCCAUGUCCCGAGGAUGUUCUUUCCUGCAGCGAGGAGGACAGGCACCUGGAGUCAGUCAACGUGUUCUUUGAGAGGCUAAAAAGUAUGACUGAGGGAGGGAGCCUGCAUACAGAAGCCAAACCCAAAGGGACUGAACAGGGGGAGGAGCUUCCUAAACACCCUGCGCGGCCAGUAGGUCUCUCUGAGCCAAAGUGUUGGACUGAUAGCCGCCAGAGGCUAACAGGGGCAGAAUCUACAGGAAGUGAACAAGAGGACGAGGUGGGUGGGUCAGCAAACCUCGCUGUAGAAUUAGUUAUCAGAGAGGAUGAGUGGUCUGUGGAGCCCGCCACAGAGGAGAGGAAGCAGGAACAGGAAGCGCAAUCAUAUAAGCCCUCAAAAGACGCUGUGUUGAGUUCUGAGGUGCUGAGCCCUUUGUUCAGCAAUAAUGAGUGUGACAAUAAAACUCCGGAGAGAAAGUUUCAGAAACCGAGAGAUCACAAGGGUGCGGAUGGCGCAGCAAGAGGGGACGAAAUGGCAGGCCAGCCACCUCCAAGGAGGGCUGCUUCACCCAGUGGUCCCUACAGUGAAUUACACUCUGAUCCAGACAUACUGCUUGGUGAGGGCACAGCUGAAACAGCUGAACGUCACCCUCUCAAGUCGCAAAAAAAGAAACAGAAAGAACGCUGGUUUGUUUCCGUGGGAGGCAGCCAGGAGAGCUCCAAAGAGCAUGCUUCCCCUGUGCUGAGAAAAAAGAGAAAGAAAUUAGGAGCCAGUAGAGACUCUCUUGCAGUGGGCCAUGGGUGCGAGGGGGAAAGCACUGAGAGUGAAACCGAGGCAGAGACAUUUCAACAGGGAGCAGCUGCACAGGGAAAGGGUCAGGCUAAGCACGACAGGACAGCUUGCAGUGAUGAAACAGGAAGCGGGCGUAAUAGCUUUUCUGUGCACCAAACAGAUGGAGAAAAAGACUUUCCGAAGCAGCAAAAAUUAGGAACUGGGCCUCAUUCACCAAUUAAUUUACAGCAUUCACACAAAAAUAGCAUACCUGCAAAGACAGCAGAAAGAGAUGCCCUGUCGGCAUUUGAACCAACUGACAAUAUUCCCCAGAAUUCCCAUUCAAGUGGCAUUACUAUUGAUUCAACUGUGCAGCAGCCCACUGGGUUGUAUGAACCUGAAACAAAUGGGGGUUCUGAGCAAUACUUUGCCACAGACUCUCACAGACUGAGUAUUGUAGAGGAGAGCUUACCAGAGCUGAACCAUAUGACAAAAGAACAAAAAUUACAGAGGAAUUCAGAGGUGGAUAAAAAUGCAAGCGAUCAACAAGCAUCAUUAGAGCUGUCCUGCUCAACUGAAACCCUACAAUGUGAUAAGCCAUUCACCUCUGAUACCAUCAGUGGUUCUGAAGAUAGCAGGAGGCUGGACCCUCCAGGAUAUGGACACACAUCAGCACAUGAACACAAUAAGCUACCGUUCUCACAAGAGAGCAGUGACCUUGAUAAUACAGGAAGUCCAGAGGUCUCACCACACAGAGAGUUUCUCAUAGAGGUGCCUUAUGCUGCUGAACUGUCAGGACCUGCUGGGUCAUCACUAUCUUUAAAUAACACCGGAUCUCAGGGGUCAGCAGACACAAUCUGUAUAACCGAGCAAGACGAGGAAAGGCCUCCAGAAUACCAGGAAGUGGAGGACACUUGUGAUAUACCAAUAGAUGGUAAUGACAGCACCCAUCUGCAGCCUACACCAGAAGAUUCACAUACGGGCAACAUUAUCCCUCAAACCAAUUCAGCUUUCUCCGCUUUAGAAAAUGAUCAGCCUGCGACUGCUGCCAACAAUCAAUCAUAUCUACCGUUGGAGGAGCUAAAAACAUCUGAUGAACAAGGCAAGUUGAGACAAUCAGACCCAGCAUCUGCAACAGCAUCACCAGACCCCUGUCACACAGCCAUCCCCCAACUGUCAUUUCCAACCAAAAUUUCUUCUGAAAAUGACGCCAAGGACGGCGAGAAAGAGAAUUCUGAGCCAGCUGACCUAGCCGCUUCUGAGAAGGACAAAGCCUGA